AUGACUUGCUUCUGCGCUAGUGACUCAAGGCUUACCACCUUCCUUGAUAGGGUCGAGAGCAAAUGCACGGUAAAGGAGUUCUUUACUACCAAACGGCUAUACGAAAAGGCAUGUGAGGUCACUCCUCUUAAGAGGCCUGCGGUAGUCAAUCCUGCCACGUUGAUUCCUUUCAUUCUUUCCACACUUUUCUUCAUCGGCAGAAUUUUCGCCAAGACCAACGGGCUUGCAGGGGGAUGGGGAUUGGAUGAUUAUAGUAUCAUUGUUGCAUGGGUCCUCGGCACUGCAAUUUACUUCCUUGAUAUGCAAAUGAUUCGAUACGGAUUUGGUGCUAAUAUUUGGGACAUUGUUCCACAAGAAGAUAUCACCAUGAUCUACAAGCUAUUCCAAGGCCUGGCCGUGAUGUAUAAGGUUCAGAUCUCUCUCGCUAAAAUCAGUGUAAUUCUGUUUUUGUUGCGCAUCUUCCAAACGCCCGAUUUUCGCUACAUGUCUUACUUUUUGAUUGCAGCAAACUGCGCCAUUGGUACUUGCUGGGCUCUCAUCGAUAGCUUUAGAUGCAUACCAACUCACUUGACUUGGGACGGCUGGAAGGGAGAGGAUACCGGAAGAUGUAUUAACUUUAUUGACUCUAUCCUCGUGAACUGCCUCGCCAACAUCUUUGUGGACUCCAUCUUGAUCUUGAUGCCUGUUUAUCAAGUAAGCAAGCUGCAGAUGCCUCUGCGGAAAAAGCUUACCGUAGCGUUGAUGUUUGUUGUUGGCUCAGUCCUUACCAUUAUUGCCAUUAUUCGAGUCGUUGUUUUCUGGAAUAACCGCUGGGGCCUCAACCAAACGAAGGGUCUAUACCCACUUAUCUACUGGUCCGUCAUCGAAUGUCAGAUCUCAGUCAUGUGUGCCUGUCUGCCAGCAUCGAGGGCUCUUCUCGGGUACUACUUCCCUGGAUUUAUGGGCAGUGAAUCUCAACGACAAUACGCCUCCGGUCCGGAUUAUUGUGCUACCAAUGGAUAUGCACGCCAGGACAGCAGGAUCAACAAAUCCGUCAGUUAUAAUGUGCACUAUGGUGAAGUUUCGGAGCACUUCAAUGGAAACAGCGAUAUUGAGUUAGUCGCGACUGACGGCAAAGUGCACCAUCGAUAG